AUGAACCGAGGUAGGCGCCGCGGAGGCGUAAGUUCAGGUUUCACAAGCCUUCGUGAUGGUGUGAAACGAAGGCUUUUUGACCCAUUUACCUUGCCUGUUGCUCCUGACCCCCGAACGGUAAUUAGUCGGCUGAUCCCUCUUUCGUUCACUGAACCUCAUAUUCCCUCAGCAUUACCACAAUCGGAUUCCAAUUUGUUGCAUAGAAAACCAGAAGAGGGUUCAGAAAAAGAUUUCAAACUGCAAUUGCGGAAACCGUCGUCCAAAGAAGGAAGUAUUAACUCGACAGGAUUUAUAGCACCAUCAGUUACGAGCGUACAGUCUUCCAUUGCUCAUCUUCUCCUAAAAACUGACGAGAUAGCCUUUUGGGACAGCGACUUCCUCUCCCUCUUCUCAAAGCCUCCUGAGUGGUACCCAAGCGAGCUCACUGACAAGUUGAAAAGGAAAUCCCCCACCACGCCAGGCUCAGCAAAGCGUGUUAGAUUUGACGACUCUUCAAAGAUGGCCGGUGGUGACCGUUCAGCUGAGAUGAUACCAGACCAGGCUAUGCUCGAUGCUGCCGACUUCAAUGAAGAUGAUGAUGGCGAAAACGUGUUGAAGGAAGGGGUGGACGAGCCUGUGGAGGCGGAAAAUCAAGAGGACAAGGACUCCGAGGACGGGCGAUGGAACGGGGAGCCAGUGGAGGAGGAAGAAGAGGAGGGUGACGACUAUUGCGAAACCUACUUUGACAACGGCGAGGGCGAUAUCGAUGAUUUCAACGUGCAACUGCAUGAGAUGGGCGAGGAUCCUGACGGUAGCUCCUACUACGACUGA